GGAGAAGCCUUUAGCCCACUUUCAUUAGAACCUUCCUCUUCUCCUUCAGUCCUAUUAACCAAGCUUGAUACCUUUGACAUGCCUCCUCCUUAGCAUUAACCCAAAAAUUUCCAAUUUCUAAUUCCCAAUCUUUUCUUCUAACAUCCCUUUCUUCCUCUCUAAUUAUCAAGCCCAUCAUCAAAAUUUUAUCAAUUAAUCAAAUCAAAAGCAGAAAAAAAAAUAUUCUAGGGUUUCUGAAUUUUUCCCAUAAAUUUCACAUGCGAUCUCCUGUUGAUUGAUCAGAAAACUCAGCUAAGAAUGUAUAGCAAUUUCAAGGAGCAAGCUAUAGAGUACGUAAGGCAAGCUGUACAAGAAGAUAAUGCCGGUAACUACGCUAAAGCCUUCCCUUUGUAUAUGAACGCGCUCGAGUACUUUAAGACCCAUUUGAAGUACGAGAAGAACCCUAAGAUUCGGGAAGCUAUAACCCAGAAAUUUACCGAAUAUCUUCGUCGGGCUGAAGAGAUCCGGGCUGUUCUCGAUGAAGGUGGCCCUGGGCCUGCAUCAAAUGGCGAUGCUGCUGUUGCUACCCGCGCCAAGACUAAGCCUAAAGAUGGAGAAGAUGGUGAGGAUCCGGAACAGGCCAAAUUGAGAUCUGGAUUGAAUUCGGCGAUUAUUAGGGAGAAGCCAGACGUUAAGUGGAAUGAUGUGGCUGGACUUGAGAGUGCGAAACAGGCGUUACAGGAAGCUGUUAUUUUGCCUGUAAAGUUCCCCCAAUUCUUUACAGGGAAAAGACGACCUUGGAGAGCUUUUCUUUUGUAUGGGCCUCCUGGAACUGGGAAGUCUUACUUGGCCAAGGCAGUUGCAACUGAAGCAGACUCGACUUUUUUCAGUAUUUCUUCUUCAGACCUGGUUUCAAAGUGGAUGGGUGAGAGUGAAAAGCUUGUGUCAAAUCUUUUCCAAAUGGCACGUGAAAGUGCUCCUUCGAUUAUUUUUAUUGAUGAAAUAGAUUCCUUGUGUGGCCAACGUGGAGAGGGCAAUGAGAGUGAAGCUUCAAGACGAAUCAAGACAGAACUUCUUGUGCAGAUGCAGGGUGUAGGAAACAAUGAACAGAAAGUUCUUGUUCUUGCAGCAACAAAUACACCAUAUGCCCUGGAUCAGGCCAUAAGGCGACGUUUUGACAAGCGUAUAUAUAUUCCUCUCCCAGAUUUGAAGGCUCGGCAGCACAUGUUCAAAGUGCAUCUUGGAGAUACCCCUCACAACUUGACUGAAAGUGAUUUUGAAUUCUUAGCUCGCAGGACUGAGGGCUUUUCGGGUUCAGAUAUUUCUGUUUGUGUCAAGGAUGUCCUCUUCGAGCCUGUUCGUAAAACACAGGACGCAAUGUUUUUCGUAAAGACUCCUAAUGGUAUGUGGGUGCCAUGUGGACCAAAGCAACCAAAUGCUGUCCAAAUUACCAUGCAGGAGCUGGCACAACAAGGACUAGCAGCCCAGAUCCUUCCCCCUCCUAUCACAAGAACAGAUUUUGAUAAGGUACUUGCUAGACAGAGGCCAACAGUGAGCAAAGCUGAUUUAGAGGUUCAUGAGAAAUUCACAAAGGAGUUUGGAGAGGAAGGGUAAUGAAUAUGAUGAUACGAUUGAUCCAUACUCAUGAGUUCAACUGCAAUGAUUUGUAAUUUAGUUGUUACUGCUGGGGUUUCAAUGAAUUAUUUAACUUUCUCAUCAAAAGGGGAAGCUGACUUGACUUUCCCUUUUGUACGAUGAUGGGAAAAAGUGGAUUGGGUACUUUGUUAAAUUGCUUGUUUCAAAUUGUAUAAAGAAGUGUUUUAUGGUGUUUGUUUUA